UUGGCUCAAACUUGAAAAGUGGAGACUGCAGGAGAAAUUUGCCCUUUGGAAUUACAAGCAAAGCUCGACGUGCCACUAAAAAUAAAGGAUUUUGAUUCUUGGAAGAGCCUAAAUUUGGUUUGCGAUUUGGUAUGCGAGAGCUCUGUCAGAAAGUGCGAUGUACUGGAAGAGUGAACAAAUGCUCCUGUGUAGCAAAGCAGAAGACAAGAGAAAUAGCCUGAACGCACUGUCUAAUGAAACGUUCCUCGUCAUGUCUGAAGAUUGUGAAGGAGCAGCAACGGGCUCUUUUGGAAGAAGUAGGAAACCCAGGACUGAUACUGAAUUGAGUACUCCUGAAGUUUUUGAGGACAAUUCGUGUUCCUUCUCCUCCUCCUCCUCGCUGUCUCCUUCCUCUUCACCUCAGGCCAUGGCCUCCGCCUCGCUCUUGGGGAAAACCGUUUGUACCAGCUGUGGUCUGGAGAUAGUUGACAAAUACCUUUUAAAGGUAAACGACUUUUGCUGGCACGUGCGAUGUCUGUCGUGCAGCGUCUGCAGGACAUCAUUAGGAAGGCACACAAGCUGUUACAUCAAAGAAAAAGAAGUUUUCUGCAAACUGGACUACUUCAGAAGAUAUGGGACACGAUGUGCUCGCUGCGGCAGACACAUACACGCCGCAGACUGGGUUCGCAGAGCAAAGGAAAACGUUUAUCACCUUGCAUGCUUUGCGUGCUUCUCCUGCAAGAGACAGCUUUCCACUGGAGAGGAGUUUGCCUUGGUGGAAGAAAAAGUUCUGUGUAGAAUACACUACGACUGCAUGUUGGACAACCUUAAAAGAGCUGUGGAAAACGGAAAUGGUGUAAAUGUAGAAGGAGCAUUGCCAACAGAACAGGAAGUUAACCAACCUAAACCAGCUAAGAGAGCUCGCACCAGCUUCACAGCAGAUCAGCUUCAGGUGAUGCAAGCACAGUUUGCUCAGGAUAACAAUCCAGAUGCACAAACCCUUCAGAAACUCGCAGAAAAGACUGGUCUCAGCAGGAGAGUCAUUCAGGUUUGGUUUCAGAAUUGUAGAGCACGCCAUAAGAAACAUGUUUGUCCCAACCAUUCAUCCACUGCCCCAGUGUCCUCCAUGCAACCCUCUUGUCUGUCACCGCCAAUGCUGGAGGAAAUGCAAUAUUCAGCAUAUGUGCCUCAGGAUGGGCCGAUGCUAACAGCUUUACACUCUUACAUGGAUGCUCAAUCGUCUUCACCCUUGGUUUUUCAACCACUGCUACCACCUACAAUGACACGGCUACCAAUCAGUCAUGCCUGAUUCCCCUUUGUGUUCAGCAGCGAGGAGUUGCUGUCUAUUCAGGUUGAUACUCGAAGCAGUGCAUUGAUCUUCUAGGAGUAUGUUACACUAACAUAUGCCAACAACUUUAUUUAUUAAGCUCUACUGUUGGUAAUUGUCGUCAUUUGAUCUGAUACAAAAAAAAAUCUAUCAGUGUGCUAAAAUGAAGGUUGUUGUAACACACCAUUUUGUACUGUGUUGUGGUUUAAUUCAUGUUGUAUAUUUUUUUGUUAAUUUAUUUGUAUUGA